GAAGCAUGCAAGCAGUGCGGCAGCGAGGCCGUGAGCUACCUCAGUGCCCUGCAGGACCCAGGCAAGGUGAAAGGUGCCGACUGCAGCCUGGUGACGAACUGCCUGGGCCGUAUCAGCGCCAUCGGGGAGGAGCUGCGGCCCAGAGGGCUGGAUGUCAAGCAGGAGGAGCUGGGUGACCUGGUGGACAAGGAGAUGGCAGCAACAGCAGCAGCCAUCGAAACAGCAGCCGCCCGCAUCGAGGAGAUGCUGAGCAAGGCACGGGCUGGUGACACUGGGGUCAAACUGGAAGUGAAUGAGAGGAUCCUGGGCUCCUGCACAGGUCUCAUGCAGGCCAUCCGCAUCCUGGUCCUGGCCUCCAAGGACCUCCAGAGAGAGAUCGUGGAGAGUGGACGGGGUGCGGCAUCCCCCAAGGAGUUCUACGCCAAGAAUUCCCGCUGGACAGAGGGUCUCAUCUCCGCCUCCAAGGCUGUGGGCUGGGGUGCCACUGUCAUGGUCGACGCUGCUGACCUGGUGGUGCAAGGCAAGGGCACCUUCGAGGAGCUGAUGGUCUGUUCACGGGAGAUCGCAGCCAGCACUGCCCAGCUCGUGGCAGCCUCCAAGGUGAAGGCAGACAAAGACAGCGCCAACCUUUGCAAGCUCCAGCAAGCCUCGCGGGGUGUCAACCAGGCCACAGCCAGUGUGGUGGCCUCCACCAAGGCUGGGAAGUCACAGGUGGAGGAGAAAGACAGCAUGGACUUCUCCAGCAUGACACUCACCCAGAUCAAGCGUCAGGAGAUGGAUUCUCAGGUGCGGGUGCUGGAGCUGGAAAACCAGCUGCAGAAGGAGCGGCAGAAGCUGGGAGAGCUGCGCAAGAAGCACUACGAGCUGGCAGGAGUGGCAGAGGGCUGGGAGGAGGCUGCGGAUUAGCCCCAGCGGCAGAAGCAGCUGCAGGGGACACCCCCAUGGCCAGCCAGGACCCAGCUCAGUGCAGCCUUUUGGGAAGAUCCACAAUAAACCGGUGCAAAA